GGCGAAUGCGCGCUGGUUGGGGUGUGCGGCCCAGGGGCGGGGCUCGAAGGUGUGGGCGGGGCUAAUGCUUCUAAGGCCAAGAAAUCCUUAGUAGGGGGAAUGUCCCAGAAACGAAGGACUGGCCCCAAGCUUGAACUCACUGCAGACCAAAAGCAGCAAAUGCGAGAGGCUUUUGACCUGCUGGAUGCUGAUGGCACAGGAACCAUUGAAGUGAAAGACCUGAAGGUGUCCAUACGAGCUCUGGGAUUUGAACCCACAAAGGAUGAGCUCAAGAGAAUUGUGCUGGAAGUGGAUAAAGAAGGAACGGGGAAAAUUGGCUUCGAUGCCUUUUAUUCUGUGAUGACUCAAAAAAUGUCACAAACAGAUCCCAAAGAAGAAAUCCUGAAAUCCUUCAAGCUAUUUGAGGACAGCGAGAGUGGCAAAAUUUCUUUCAAGAACCUCAAGCAGAUUGCCAGUGAGAUAGGGGAGAAACUAACAGAUGAAGAGCUGCAGGAAAUGAUUGAUGAAGCUGAUCUGGAUGGAGACGGGGAGGUAAAUGAACAGGAAUUCCUGAAGAUAUUGAAGAAAGUUGGCAAUUGACGUUGAAUUUCUCUCAAACGUGGCUGUAAUUAGAGUUGGGAAGCUCUGCCCGGGAGGAAGAAUAAUCUGUAGCUUUUAGCUUUUCAGCUCCUAGUAUGCAUGCAAUUCCCAUUAAAUGCUUUAUGCAAUUUC